CGCCGGUCUCCUCACCAGAUCCAGCCAUCGCCAUGGCGAUCUCUCCCCACCUCCUCCUCCUCCUCCUCGCCGCGGCCGCCGCUUCCGCCGGCGCCAACAACCUCGUUGGAGAGCUCGAGUCCCUGCGCUCCCGCUCCCCUUCCGGCGUCAUCCACCUCACCGACACCUCCGUCACGCGCUUCCUCUCAUCGUCCACGCGCCCCUACUCCGUCCUCGUCUUCUUCGACGCCACAUCGCUCCACUCCAAGUCCGACCUGCACCUCCCCCAGCUCCGCCGCGAGUUCGCGCUCCUCUCCGCCGCCUUCCAGGCCAACAACCCGGCCUCCUCCGACCUCUUCUUCGCCGACAUCGAGUUCUCCGAGUCGCAGCACUCCUUCUCCCAGUUCGGCGUCAACUCCCUCCCCCACGUCCGCCUCAUCCGCCCCCACCACUCCCGCCUCGCCGACUCCGAGCAGAUGGACCAGUCCCACUUCUCCCGCCUCGCCGACUCCAUGCUCGAGUUCGUCGAGGCCCGCACCGGCCUCCAGGUCGGCCCCAUCACCCGCCCACCCCUCGUCUCCCGCAACCAGAUCAUCCUGCUCGUCGUCAUGUUCCUGGCCUCCAUCCCGUUCGUGGUCAAGAGGAUCUUACAGGGGGACACCCUGCUCCAUGACCGCCGCGUCUGGAUGGCUGGGGCGCUCUUCGUUUACUUCUUCAGCGUGUCGGGUGGGAUGUACGGGAUCAUCAGGCAUACGCCCAUGUUCAUCACGGACCGGGCCGAUCCAAACAAGCUCGUCUUCUUCUACCAGGGUUCAGGGAUGCAGCUCGGCGCUGAGGGGUUUGCGGUCGGCUCCCUCUACACCCUCGUAGGCCUGAUGAUAGCUGUCGUCACGCACUUGCUGGUCAAGGUGGAGAGCCUGCAGACGCAGCGAUUUGCAAUGGUGGCGGUCAUGAUAGUCGGAUGGUGGGCUGUCAGGAAGGUCAUUUUCUUGGAUAACUGGAAGACUGGAUAUAGCAUCCAUACCUUCUGGCCUAGUAGCUGGAGGUAAAAUGCUGCCUCAAUAAGCGGCCAUGCUUCUUUCCUUUGGUUCCACAGGAUGUGGAGCCAUCCAGAAUGAGCAUGGCGAGAUGAGCAUCAUUUUGAUUGUGACACCGUACCAAGUUUAAGAUUUGAACUCUUGAUGCUGUAUUGUGGAAUAUAGAGAACAUGACAUUUUAUUAUAGUUAUGCAGAGGACUUAACUUACUGCUUUGCUUCAACAAUGGUAAAUCUUCGGUGAUAUCUCUUCUCAGGCAGUAACACAGAUUGAAUAAUACAGUGGGAGAUAUUAGCCA